CCGCGUUGGCUCUGUAAAGUGGUGAAAAGUUUCAGACCCCCUCCCCUGGAUGUUUUUGUUGGGGGAAAAGUUGUUGGAAGUUAGGUCGUGUGAAUGUAGCGUGUCCGUCGGUUUUCGCCCCUCGGUAGCAGGGGGAAUGCGAUUUUUACCUCCUUUAAAGUCGGACAGCGAGCUUCUGGAGCAGGGUUUGUUCUCUUCACGUCCUCUGGCUCGGUUUAAAGAAUCCAAGUUUCACCUCUGUUAGCCGCACAGCUAGCUAAGUGAACGCUACCUCGCCUCUAGAGUGCUUCUUCUGGUGACUUCCAGCCUUUUUGGGAGGAAUAAAACCAACCGCAGAGAUGGCGGAAACCAAAAUAAUAUACCACAUCGACGAAGAGGAGACGCCGUAUUUGGUGAAGAUACCUAUUGCUGCCGAAAAUAUCACUUUGCUGGAUUUUAAACAGGUCUUGAACAAGCCAAACUACAAAUUCUUCUUCAAGUCUAUGGACCAGGACUUCGGGGUGGUGAAGGAAGAGAUCUCUGAUGACAGCGCCAAGCUGCCAUGUUUCAACGGCAGAGUGGUAUCAUGGCUGGUAUCUUCAGACGCUCCAGCAGCAGAGCCUCCCGUGGCAGUGGUGCCCCCCGUGGAAACAACGACCCAGCCUUCGCCCCCUCCUCCGCCCCUCCCACCCCCACCUGUAGAGAGGACCGGCGGCAUCGGGGACUCCAGACCGCCUUCCUUCCAUCCCAACGCUACAGGCAGCGUGGAGACGCUGGACGAGCAGACGGAGACGGAGUCUGUGGUGUCGUUCAGGAGAGAGAGACCCCGGCACAGAGAGAGCUUGGAGCCGCACGGGCCUCGGAUGAACGGCCAGAGUCGACUGGAGCGCCACCUGGCAGGCUAUGAGAGCUCCAGCACGGUGAUGAGCAGUGAGCUGGAGACCACCAGCUUCUGUGACUCAGAGGACGACGACACUAUGAGCAGGUUCAGCAGCGCAACAGAGCAGAGCACGGCCUCCAGGCUCCUGAAACGACACCGCCGACGCAGGAAACAGCGCCCCCCACGAUUAGAGAGGGCGUCCUCCUUCAGCAGCGUGACAGACUCCACAAUGUCCCUGAACAUCAUCACCGUCACUCUCAACAUGGAGAAGUACAACUUCCUGGGCAUCAGCAUCGUGGGUCAGAGCAACGAGAGGGGAGAUGGAGGAAUCUACAUCGGCUCCAUCAUGAAGGGAGGAGCUGUGGCUGCAGAUGGACGCAUCGAACCUGGAGACAUGCUGCUGCAGGUGAAUGACAUCAACUUUGAGAACAUGAGUAACGACGAUGCUGUGCGGGUACUGAGAGAGAUCGUACACAAGCCGGGGCCCAUCAUCCUCACAGUGGCGAAGUGCUGGGACCCUUCUCCUCAGGGUUACUUCACUCUGCCUCGCAAUGAACCAAUCCGACCCAUAGACCCAGCGGCAUGGGUGAGCCACUCUGUCGCCAUGACCGGGGCUUACCCUCCCUUCCCGGGCAGCUCCUCCCUCAGCACCAUCACCUCCUCUUCCUCCGUCACUGAGACUGAACGUUUCGAUGACUUCAACUUAUCGCUGCACUCCGACAUGGCCUCCGUCGCCAAAGCCAUGGCCUCCCCAGAGUCGGGUCUGGAGGUCAGAGACCGCAUGUGGCUGAAAAUCACCAUCCCCAACGCUUUCCUCGGCUCAGACGUAGUGGAGUGGCUCUUCCACCACAUCGAGGGCUUCCAGGACCGCCGUGAAGCCAGGAAGUACGCCAGCAACCUCCUGAAGGCCGGCUUCAUCCGACACACCGUCAACAAGAUCACCUUCUCUGAACAGUGUUACUAUGUGUUUGGAGAUUUAAGUGACUGUGAGAACUACAUGGCCAACCUGUCUCUGAAUGACAAUGAUGGCUCCAGCGGGGCCUCAGACCAGGACACCCUGGCUCCCCUGCCCCUCCCCGGAGCGUCCCCAUGGCCCAUGAUGCACACCUUCCCCUACCAGCCGUACCCCACACACCCCUUCUCCAGCCAGCCACCUCCGUACCACGAGCUCACCAGCUACAGCUACGCCCCGGGCAGCACGGGCAGCCAGCACAGCGAAGGGAGCCGGAGCAGCGGGUCAACAAGGAGUGAGGGCGAGCGACGUCGCAGCACUAAAGGUCCCGGCAGCACGGUGGGCGGAGGAGAAAAAUCCCCCUCUGGUGCACCCGGAGAAGGAGGCGGGCCCGAUUCACGCUCUGGCAGCGGUAGCGAAUCGGAAUACUCCACCCGCAGCAGCCUCAGGCGAGGCCACGGUUCAGCCGCCCCAAGCGAGCACAGCCACGCCUCCUCCCAGCGCUCGCAUCACCACCGCUUACCCCAACCCCCCCACAUGUCCCCCUACCCGCCUGGCAUCCUCCCAUACAACCCAAUGAUGGUGAUGAUGGUACCCCAGCACCCACACCCGGCCAUGGCCACAGCUCACGCUCUUCCUCACCCACAGCAGAUGGCCACAGCCCCCAUGCAUCCAGCUCUAGGCAUGCCUCCUUCAUCCGUUCCAGGGGGGCCUCCUGGAGCUCCGCCCACCCGCGACCUUGGCUCCGUACCACCGGAGCUGACUGCCUCACGCCAGUCUUUCCACCUGGCCAUGGGAAACCCCAGCGAGUUUUUCGUGGACGUCAUGUAGUUUCUCUGUGACCUCUCAUGUGAAGUUAGUGUGCGGUUCCCACUUGUUUUGACGAGGAUCUGAUGGUAGCUUUUGGAGCUCACAAGGGCCUCGUGGUUUUGAGGGCGCUUGUUACACAUAUGGUGAGAACAGGGUUUCACAUCAGCAAGAAAAGAAAGAGAUUUAUUACACAAUGAAUGCAGGAUAUGUUCUGACUAAAUGUCUACAGAGUGUGACUUCUCCUUGUACCUGCCUUUUAAUCUGAAGGACCAGCUCUACUUUAUCUCAAACUCAUCCUGAUACAGAUACCAGUACCAAUAUCAGCACUGAUAUUUACUGAUACCAGUACUGAGAACUGCAUCAAUACCAGUACCAAUACCAGCUCCGAUACUAGCAUUGAAUGUGCAUGUGCAGUGAAACCAAUACUGCACCAGCACCGAUACUUGAAUCAAUACCAGCAUCUGUACUAGUUCAGACCCCAGUACUGAUAUCAGCACAGAUACAGUACUAAUACCAACACUACUGAUACUGGUACUGAUGACAAUAUAAAAACCAGUACAGAUACAGAACAGAUACAAAUCCUGAUAUCAGUACCAACACUAUCAUUGAUACUAGCAUCCAUAGUAGAACUGGUACUAGUACUAAUACCAGUACCAAUAUUAGCCCAGAUACUAGUACUAAGACCAACUCUUUUAACAGUGCAGAUAUCACUAUUGAUUCCAGCAUCUAUACCACUGCUGAUACUAGUUCAGACACCAGAACUGAUAUCAGCACAGAUACAGUACUAAUACCAACACUACUGAUAACAAUAUAAAUACCAGUACUGAUACAGCAUGGAUACAAAUCCUGAUAUCAGUACCAAUACUAUCAUUGAUACCAGCAUCCCUAAUAGCACUGAUACUAGUACUGAUACCAACUCUUUUACAGUGCUAGUAUCAGUAUCGAUUUAAGUAUCUACAUCAGUACUGAUACCAAAACCGAUAACAGUACAGAUAUCAAUAAUGAUCUCAAUGUUAGUAUUUGCAUCUGAUUCGCUCUAAAUGGCAGCCUCUGUAGGGAUGUCAGCUGAUGCACUGUUCUGGUACGGUAACGUUUUUCUGCCUCCGAAAAAUAACAAAUAGGUUUCAGAUAGACGCUUCUAUGGGACGAUACGAAAAGAUUUAAAACAUCUUAACCUUUUUUGCUAACAUGAGCAGCCCCGAACGGUAACAAAAAAUUAAAGACUCCAUAGUUUUGAUUGUAUAGGGUCUGGUAUGCAGAGCAACAACCAGAGUCCGGACUCUCAGAACUGGAAAUCUUUCAAAAUCUUAAUGUGACUUUGGAGUAAACAAACAUGACGGGCUAUUAGCUAUCUGGUACGUCCACUGCAGUCGCAAUUUCUUUUUGAUUCCUCUCCUCCUGGAUUGUGAUGUGUUCUAAACACUUCCGUCUUUGCUACAAACUAACAAGUAAGCCCCUUAUUUCUGACGUCUCUCUGAGUUUAUGCUUCGCCUUCACUGUUUUUGCCAUGGCUGCUUAUGUUGUGCUUCCAUCAUCAGUUCAGCGUGCAUCCUGAUUGGCUGUUGCUUCGUUCCACUUGACAAUCCAUAGGGCGCAUACUCGGAAGAGGAAGUUAGCCUAAAAUUAGCCCUGAUUAUCUUGUGGCAUGUGCUAAAGAUUGCAAUGUCAGUUGUGGCCUUUGCUCUGCCAUAGGAGGGGUAUGUGAUAUAACACUGGUAUUGGAUCUGGUAUUGGAAACAUCUCAAAUCUCAGUAGUAAGCUUGGUCAUUUUUCUCAGCAAACAAACUUCCAGUGAAGUAUUUGGAGUUCUUAUCAGAGCAAUCCUUCAAACAGAGGUGUGAUAUUUGAGCUAUUGUCCAUCCAGUAAUCAUUUUACCACCACAGGGCACCAGGUACACCAUGUACUUGAAAAAAGGUACAAUCCUGUUAACAUAUCCAGAUGAUUGGUAAGAAUCCAUUGCAUACUUUACGAGUGCCUUACUCUUUUUACCUUUACAGACAUUUCCACACUCCAGGUACAUGAAAAUGACUCCUUAUGUUCCAACAUUGUUUGACAAUGAACCUUUCUGUAUAUAUCUACUACUCUCAUGUAAAUGCAAACAACACAGAACAGCUAAUGUGAAAAGAAAAUAGGUCCAAAAAUGUCAGGUGAACUGUGUUUUAGAAAUCACUGUUUAGGCCUAGUCGUCAAUAACUCUAAUUGUAAGGUUGGUGUGGGACUGUAGAGGCUUAACGGUACUAAUAGGACAAAAGAUGGCUGACACGGCGGUACUUUGAUUACAUUCAGUGUGUAUCCUAAGUUACUGUGAUCCAAAUGCCCCAGCUCCCCAUGCUUAUUUUUAUGUUACUGACUCGCAUUAUUCACCCAUUUCAUUUUUGUAUGAGUGACUAUAUAAAUCAUGUAUAACCAAACUAUUAAGGUGCUAAAUGAAGAUUCAACAUUUCAAAAAGAAAUGACAUUGACUGUGUCAUGUUUGAUUUCAUAUCGCCACCUUUGUUUGUGUAUUUGAGAAUAAAUUUGAUACUGACAUUCUG